CAUAAACCACAAUAAAUAGUAAAAAAAUAAAUGGAACGAACAUGAUAAAUCUGGAACCAUCUUGACAACUUUGGAUUAUAGAACUCUCUAGACACACUCUCCUCUUUCACUCCUACCUAUGUAUAUACAUAAUAACCUAAAACCAUUUCCGGUGAUCGUGUCAGAAACGUAAAACCAUAUUCUCCUGUGAUCGUGUGAUUUCUUUCUGAGUUCUUAGCACUUACUUUUUUCAUACACAUUUGUUGUCUUGUUGGGAAGCCAUGGAUGAGGAUUUCGAGUUCCCAAGUGCUGGCAACAUGGAAAUGCCAGAGGAGGAAGAGAUUGAGAGUCCGAUUCUGAAGGUUGGGGAGGAGAAGGAGAUUGGGAAAAUGGGGCUGAAGAAGAAGUUGCUAAAGGAAGGUGAAGGUUGGGACAUCCCUGACUGUGGAGACCAAGUUGAAGUGCAUUAUACUGGAACCUUGCUUGAUGGAACCAAAUUUGAUUCUAGCCGUGAUAGGGGCACCCCUUUCAAGUUCAGGCUAGGCCAAGGGCAAGUGAUCAAGGGAUGGGAUGAAGGUAUCAAAACCAUGAAGAAAGGUGAGAAUGCCCUUUUCACAAUACCCCCAGAAUUGGCUUAUGGAGAGUCAGGUUCUCCUCCCACUAUUCCCCCCAAUGCAACUCUGCAGUUUGAUGUGGAGUUGCUGUCAUGGACAAGUGUGAAGGACAUUUGCAAGGAUGGAGGAAUUUUGAAGAAUAUAAUUACUGAAGGGGAGAAAUGGGAUAAUCCUAAGGAUCUGGAUGAAGUGUUUGUUAAGUAUGAAGCUAGGCUUGAAGAUGGGAUAGUCAUUUCAAAAUCUGAUGGGGUGGAAUUCACUGUGGAAGAGGGGUAUUUCUGUCCUGCUUUGGCCAAGGCUGUGAAAACCAUGAAGAAGGGAGAGAAAGUUCUCUUGAAUGUGAAGCCACAAUAUGCAUUUGGUGAGAGUGGAAGGCCAGCCUCAGGAGAUGAAGGUGCCGUACCUCCAAAUGCUUCUCUUCAAGUGGAUCUUGAGUUGGUCUCGUGGAAGACUGUGUCUGACAUUACCAACGAUAGAAAGGUUCUCAAGAAGACUUUGAAGGAAGGGGAGGGAUAUGAACGACCAAAUGAUGGAGCUGUAGUUCAAGUGAAACUGAUUGGCAAGCUGCAAGAUGGAACUGUCUUCAUUAAGAAGGGCUACGAUGAUCAACAGCCAUUCGAGUUCAAAAUUGAUGAAGAGCAAGUUACUGAUGGACUUGACCAAGCUGUGAAGAGCAUGAAGAAAGGGGAAAUUGCAUUGCUGAUCAUACAACCUGAAUAUGCUUUUGGUCCAUCUGGAUCCUCUCAGGAAUUGGCUAAUGUUCCUCCUAAUUCUACUGUGUACUAUGAAGUUGAGCUGCUUUCUUUUAUAAAGGAAAAGGAAUUGUGGGAUCUGAAUACGCAAGAGAAGAUUGAGGCAGCUGGGAAGAAAAAGGAAGAAGGGAAUGCUUUAUUUAAGGUUGGCAAAUAUGAAAGAGCUUCAAAGAGAUAUGAAAAGGCCAUAAAGUUUGUUGAGUAUGAUUCCUCCUUCAGUGAUGAGGAGAGACAGAAGACUAAGGCAUUGAAAAUCACAUGCAAUCUCAACAAUGCAGCCUGUAAGUUGAAGCUAAAGGACUACAAACAGGCAGAGAAGAUGUGCACAAAGGUUUUAGAGCUUGAUAGUAGAAAUGUAAAAGCACUCUAUCGGAGGGCACAAGGGUAUCUCCAUCUUGUGGACUUGGAUCUAGCUGAGAUGGAUAUUAAGAAAGCCCUUGAGAUUGAGCCAGACAACAGGGAUGUAAAGAUGGAGUACAAAAUUUUGAAGCAGAAAGUGAGAGAAUACAACAAGAAGGACGCACAAUUUUACGGCAGCAUAUUUGCAAAAAUGAAUAAACUAGAGCAAGCAAGAACAGCAACAGCAAAGCAGGAGCCUGUGCCAAUGACUAUUGACAGCGAAGCUUAAAUUUGAGAGCUACCUCUGUCUCUGCAUAGCUUACUAGUAUGAUAUUCCAAUUGUUGUGUCGUCUCAAGUCUUGGUCCCAUAAAUAGCUUUGCUCAUAUCUUGUGUGAUUUUCAUAUGAAGAAUGCAUAUGGUGUCGGUUGUCAGUUGUCUUGUCAUUCAAGCUAUGUACACUGAUGGCUAAUAAGAAAUGAAGUAAAGCAAGUUUUGGCAA